CUGACGGUAGCCUCGUUCUCCGCCUCAUUGAUACACCAUUUUGAGGAGAAGAUAGUCUACACACCCCUCUCUAUCGCUGCGACGCCCUAGGGACCAAACAGAAAAGCCUGACAAUGGCAGCGCAAGUUCCCGUUCAAACGAUCCAUAGGGAUCCCCAGUUGUUCUACUGGAUAUUGGGCCCCAUCACGGUGGUUAUGAUUCUCACCGGCAUGCUCCGGCACUAUGCGGCAGUUCUGAUGGCUGUUGCGCCCAAAAAGGUCGACGCCAAGGCGAUGCGCGAGCAGCGGUCUCUGCUACACGGCAUCAACGUGCGUAGCAACUACCAUGUUCUGUCCAAACGGUCCUUCAACACGCGUCGUGACACCCUGGCUUCGGCCUACGAGUCCGGCGCCUUUCUCAAGGCCCCCGAGAACCGUGGCCAGGCACCCCCGAACCCGAUGACGGAUCCCAACGCCAUGGAGGGCAUGAUGGGCAUGAUGAAGAACAACAUGGCUAUGAUAGUUCCCAACACCCUCAUCAUGAGUUGGAUCAAUGCUUUCUUCAGCGGCUACGUCAUCAUGAAACUACCAUUCCCAUUGACUGUCAAGUUCAAGAGUAUGCUCCAGGCUGGUGUUGCGACUCGUGAUAUGGACCCCCGAUGGAUGUCCAGUAUCAGCUGGUACUUUUUGUGUAUCUUUGGCCUGCAGUUUGUGUUCAACUUUUUGCUGGGCAGCGACAAUGCUGCAAACCAGAUGGCUCAGCAGAUGGGCCAGAUGGGUCCUCAGGCCCCUCAGAUGUUCGGACCAGGCGUUGAUCCCGACAAGCAGUUCCUGGCCGAGGCCGAGAACCUUGCCGUCAUAGAGCACUACUCAGUCCUUGAUGACGUGGAGGACAGGCUGUUAGAGAGACUUGGCGUGUGAUAUAUGAGGGCUCGCACAAGGAACGGUUCAUAUUUUCGGUUCCGCAUAGAAGCCGGCGCACUUAUCCAUCUACCUCCAUAUCGCCAUUUUCACCUUGCUCUUCCUCCGCAACGCCACCACCGUCAUCGCCCCACCAAAGGCACACACCUAAGCCCUCUUCCUUCAUGGUGCCCGUGAUACUGUAAGGGGGCUUCUUCUCCGGAAGUUCACUGCCCUCUAUAGGUUUUGUGGGAGUUUGGUCAUGCCACUCUUCGGAGCUCACGCGAAAUCGGACCAUUUCGUGGAUGUCGUAGUACAUCUCUUGGUCCUCCACAUGCCAUACCCAGAGAGACUGGUCAUGGUCGCUAUCGGAUUAUUGUGUCAACACCACCGCUGGAUAGGCAUGGGGCGUUAAGUUAGGGCUCGACAUCACUUACAAUGUUGCUCCCUCGGGCAGCUCGUCAAAGGGGACAAAUAUGUCAUCAAAGAAGUCGGUGCGCACUGGGUGGUCGGGGUCAGCAUACCAUGCAGUUGCCUCAUCUUGUGGUUUGAACAGGAGUAUAACGGGAGCAAUACGAACAGUGUAUACCGUCUUUAACACAUCGACUUAUCCUUGCGAACAGAACCUCUCCCUUGAAUGGCCUGAAUAUGACCAAGCGACACUCGACUAGUCGUCCCAAACUCAACAUUGUCAGUGGCCAUAUACCGACACCCGCAUUGGUUGGCUAGGUGGAAGGUAGAUUUAGAUGCUCACCGUUGACAUUCACGAGACCGUCGCCAUGACCUAUGAGACCCUCGGAAGCCCAUAACAGAUCGUACAUGCAAAUGCAGAGUCCCACUUUUUGAAUAACUUUGUUGCAGUAUUUCUCGUUUAAAUUGUCUUCUAUGGCAUCGAUGCUCAGCUUGGCGAACUGAGCCGGUUUGAUUUGGACCAAGUCCGCAAUCUUGGUCUAUAUGAACAUCGUAAAAUACGGUGUUAUAUCUCACUCAAUUGAUAUGAGAAUGAGGCUGGAUAGACCAGACAAGGUAGGAAAGGUAUAAGGUGGCUUGGUAGGUAGGUGGGUAAGUUGUUUCUUUUAUCGGGCUACCUUCCCAUUUCUGAUAGUUAAAAAUUUGAAAAGUGUUUUUCCUCUCCUUUUUUUUUCUCCUCUUAAUGAUUAUUAGACAAUAACAUCAACUGCUUGCUCGCGGGUCUUACUCUGCGACUGCUAACUGCAAUUACCAAAGUUUGCGACCGCUC